AUGGCCGGUUUAAUCUCUUCACUAUUUUCUUCCAAAUCAUUCACGUCGAUUCGAGUUCCGUCUGGCAAAAUCUACGACGUAGAAGACGCUGUCGAGAAGCCAGCAAGGUCCCUGAAGCAUUUCUUGAAACUAAACUAUGCAGAGCAUGCCCUUCAUGCCAACACAGAUAGCUCAGACUUUGUCGCAUCUUACAACAAUAUAGAUCAUAUUCUGAUAUCUGCAUUUCUUUUCGGUGCCAACGAGAUUGAUCUCAGCAACUUCUACGAAAAAGAGUCCAAUGGCCUUGAACCAUGGAAAGACUCGCCUGGUGAGGUUGCCGGUCUUGAUUGGAAGGAUUACCUCGGAAAGAAAGAAUACCAGCGCGCGUUUCUAGAUUUCUUCGAAGAUCACUUAGCAGACGAGAGCUAUGACUGGAAGAAGGUCUUACAUAAUUUCCUCUUCGCCAGGGAAGAGCCGUUCAUCAACUCAAUCACAGGCAAUCUGGGGCAGCCACUGGUACACCUUGGAUACGCGUUGAAAAUGACAAGUCGUGCUAUGGUGAUGGAAGCCUUGACCCUUGUCGCCACCUCCUAUAAUGACAACAACAUCAACAAAUACUCCGACGACCCUUCUUAUUUCCAAACCGAGCCAUCUUACAAGACCACCUCUAUUCUCGAAAUUCUUGAUAAAGUCCGCGCUGACAAAACAUUCACAAACAACUCCCUUGCGAUUCCUGGGGAACAUAACCUAGAGACCAUCUUCCGUAACCACGAAGCUGCACUUUUGGAUCAUUGCAACGCCUGGAAAAUUUCAACAGACCCUCUCACGCAUUUCCGCGAAAGCCAGGCCGCCGCCGCGGCUCUUUUUGUUAGUGCCGCUCAAUCGGAGAACAAGCAUGAUCUCAACCUCUUACGGCCCCUGGCUAUGAGCCAUGCCAUUCUUGUCAUCUUACCUUCUGUGCCGGAUAAAUUUCACAUUGGACUCGUACGACAAUGGUGGCUCACAACUUUAGCCAUUUAUAUUGCCCAGCUCCGUCCGGAAAUAAACCAAAACUCGAUUACUGCGUAUGACAUUCAAGGGAAAGACUGGUCAUGGGUUGCCAAACAAGCUCUUCGCGGCCCGCAUGCCACCAACGCUCGGUUUGUUGAGGGUCUACAUGCGUUGAAAGAAAUUGGGGAAACGUGGACGGACUCUGAGAAUUACUAUUUGAAGGCAGCAGUCAAGUUUGCCGAUGAAUUCAAAGGCUGA